AUGAUGAAUUGGAAUCUCAAUGAAGCAAAGAAAGAUUUAGAAGAACAGUUAAGAGAUGCAAUUUGGGAGAUAAAUGCUUUGCAUAACAAGAAAUGCGAGUUGAAGUUACAAAAUGAACAAAGUCAAAAGGAAUGUUCAGAAACGAUAAAGAAGCUAACAGAAACAGUUGAUCUAACACAUCAAGAGAACAAACAUUUCAAAACGAAUACACAAUUGAUGGAAAGAAAAAUGGAAGAAUUGGCAGAAGGAGUUCGACAAAAAAUGGAAGACAGUAUACGCAUAUUGCACCGGAGGGUCCAUGUGACAGAAUUGCUGAAUAACGAAAACAAAGACUCUUACAAAUCCACAAAGCAAAAGUACGAGGAAGAGAGCAAAAUAUUUGGUGAAAAAAUUGCUGAUUAUGAAGAUGAAAUUAGGAGGCUGAGAGAAAAGGUGUUGAAAUUAGAAGCUGAUAUAGGAGCAAGGAAGGAGAAAAUAUGA